GUGAAAUUUAAGUUCGGUGAACCAACAUCUUAGUUUUUGUGAAUCUUAUACAUCAAGUGAUAAUGACUACGUAUUUAGUUGUGAAAUUCCGCGACUCCACUAGAGCAAAUGAAGUAGUUCCAGGCUCAUGGUUUCGUAACGGAGAGUGUGCUUUGCCUCUAAAAAAUAUUCGCCGUGCCGCUGAAGAGUGCACAGUUCUCAAAACGGCAUGGAGGCGCCAUGCUUGUACUAUUGUAUCAACUCACGAUUCUUAUCAAAAAGCCUUAAAAAGAAAAGAAGAAAUGGAUACCUCAGAAUCCGCUGAAGCAUUUAUUAGCAGUUGUGGGAAAAAUCUAAGAUCGGAAGGAUCCAAAAGGAUUCAGCGUCAAAAGGAUGCUAUUGCUCAACGACCAAGUAUACAGUCAUCGCUGCCGGCUUUGCACUUUGUUUCUCCAGAUGAAGAUGAUAUUGAACAGGACGUGGUCGAAACUGUCGAGCUAAGUUGUCCUGUAUUAUCCAAGGGUUUGAUAGCAAAUGUUUCGUUUGCUGGUGAAUCUGAUGACAGUAUGCUGGAGGACAUUGCAAUUACCAAAACAUUCAACGACGGUCCCGUUACACGUUCAAAAGUCGCUCAUUCCCCCUGUCAAGCAAUAACUUUCCCUCGUACGUCACAAGAGAUUUACCAGCCUAGGACCAGAACACCGCCAAGGGGUAGCAAAUAA